CCUGCGGUUAGAGUAUCAGUCCGAGGGGAGCGCAGCAGCAAAACACUUGGAGGAGCAGAAAAUAUCGCAUGCCGAUGCUGGAUUAUAAGGAUGCAGGAGAUGAUGCAGAGGUAGACCGUCUUAARCUGUUGGCUUUUCACAUUUGUAACAAGAGGCAUAAGUGAGAACGAUGAUGAUCCCUGUCACAUGUAGAAUAGGUCUGCAGGUGUCUUUUCUCCUCCUCUUAAUUGGACAAACACAUGGUAGAGUGACGGCGCCAGCACGUUUGAAGGCACCAGUGGACAAACCCUUUACACUGACCUGCACGCUGUCAAAGGACCGUGGUGAAACUUUGAGGGAGGUCCGUUGGCUGGACGACAAGAAUCAGACCCUGCUGAGCUACCAGCCAGGUAACAGAGACAGCGUGAGUGGACAGCAGCAUGUGGAGCUCGCCACCUCACCAAAGGACUCCUCAGCGAUCACCAUUCGCAGGGUGGGCUUCCGUGAUGAAGGCUGCUACACCUGCAUCUUUGAGCUCACUCCUUCAGGUUCGAAACAAGGACAGACGUGUCUCACUGUUGACGCCGAAGUCACAUCUGAGAGAAACAAAACAGCAGUGAGCGGCAAGAAGGCGUCCCUGUCAUGCUCCUUUGGUUUGCCCGAAAAGGUGCAGCAGAUACUAUGGAAACUCACGCCUGCUCAGGGCGAAUCAAAAGAGGUGGCCUCUUUUGCGAAGCGGAGCGACCCCAUGAUCGAGCCGGCUUACCAGGGGAGAGUCUGGCUCUCUGCUUCUCUGUCAGACAGUCAGCUUACGAUCCAGCCUGUCGCCAUCCAGGAUGAGGGCUGCUACACCUGCUUCUACGAGACGCACAACGAGGGGACAAAGAGCUCUGUGGUCUGUCUCUCUACCUACGUUCUUCCAAAACCUCAGGUGAGCUACAAGACCACGUCUCCAGGCGUGAUCGAAGCCAACUGCACGUCUGUAUCUCGGCCUCCUGCGGAGAUUGUGUGGAAUGUGGAGACAGACAACCGCACCAUUGGCCCCCCUGUGAGCGUGCAUCUGCGCCAGGAUGACGGGACCACGCUAGUCAUCAGCACACUGACCGUCCAAUCAGGGCUGCUUAAAGACGUGUCUGUCAAAUGCUUGGUGCAUCACAAAGGGCUCGAGACACCCAUCGCUGUAUCCAUGAACACUAAGAUUGGCACGGCUCUCACCAUCCUGAUCUCGGUCACCACGGUCGCAGCUCUGCUGGUGAUGUCCUUGUGCUUCUGCCUUUGGAAGUGUUUUUUGCGUAAAGAAGAUAAUUAAUCUUAGACACAAGAGCUGAAAAGAGGAUCUUCUCAGGACCGUCCUGAUGRGAACGUCWCCCUGCCGUGUCCUCGUCUCUCAUCAUCGUCACCAUAUCUGUUACUAUAUGGUUGGAAAGGGAAGAUGCUCUCAAAUUCCUUAAGGGCUGUCCAGCACAAUCCUAUUCAUCAUCACCMUCUGGGCGACACUCAGCUUUACUCUGACUCUUCCAUAGUCGUCUUUUUUUUCUAUUUUUGUUCAUCUCAGCUCUGCAACUGAUUGAGUCGAUGGCUACACAUUCCAGAACAGCGGAGUCUCUGUGCGGCUGAGUUGAGUUAUUCUGCAGAACAUUACAUGACCUCGGAAAACCUUUCUGCGGUUGUCUGUUUUUUUUUUUCAUGAACCUCAGAGAUGUGUCUUAAUAUUUUCUAUUUUUCUUACUUGCUAAAAUGUAAUACAAACUCAAAAAAAAAACAAAUUUGAACUUGAAUGAAGUUUUAACAUUACAAAUACUGCAAAUCUUGUCUUUGAAGUAUAAGAUUGACAGCUCAUCAUUUUGAGAGCUUGGAAGGGUUUAUAAACAAAUUUAAGAAAUUAAAAUUCUUAUGGUGAACURUAAUCUGUCUUCCAAAAGUAUUCAUGCCAUCUUGAACAGAAGAAAACCAAAUUWUUUUCCUACUUGCAGUAAACUACAUGUGACAGAAAAGUAACGCUGCUUAUUCCCCACAAUGAAUCCUGGAGGUAGAAACAUCGUGUUUUGGAAGGUUUGCUAGAGAUUGAGUGGGGCAAAGAUUUCAGAGCUUGUGCUGUUUUUGCAUGGAAAAAAUGGGCAAACGCUUCAAUGUUUGCAACAUGACAAAAUGAUAAAAAGUUCAAAGGUCAUGAAUACUUUCAUAAGGCACUGCAUACCAAAUGUUUUUCACAGCAUUUUUUUCUUUUUCUUUUUUUUUUUUUUUUUAUUAUAAGGUGCGUAUGUUUUUUGUUAAAUGUUAAAUUCUCCGGUCAGAUGGCUGGAAUCAAUUUCAAAAGCCUUUUAGUUGCCCCUGAAGGAAUGCGUGUCCUGCUGCUCACUGUGCAGUCGGGCACUUUCUCUCUCAAUGCCCUAAAAAAAUGACUUGAGCACUUCAGGCUAAACAGCUCAAAGGAUCUCUCUGUUCUUUAAAAAUCCCUCUCACUCUGGACCAAACACACAGAAACAUCAAAGCAUAAAAGAAAAUGCAUUGAUGCUUCUAGUUGAUCUUUUUUUUUUGUUUGUUUUUGCAUUAUUAACUGGCUUUUUAUUAUGACUUGAAGCAGUAUAGCUACUGAAGCGAAUGAUCUGCAUUUUUUUCUUGUUUAUUGACGGAUGUAAGACAUGGAAGUCAUCAGAAUUACGUUAGGAAUAACGUUCCUUCCCGCUGAAGGCUUUCAAUCACACAAAGAUACUGUAUUUCAGCGAAGACACAUUAUGAAAACCACCAUAUGUAAAAUAACUGUAAAAGAAUAAAUAAAUGACUGAAAAAAGUAA